AUGGCACAAGACAAUGAGACCUCACUAGGAAGUUCUUCUUUGUCCACCUCUUUGGAGGCUGACUCGACCCUCCAGGAGAACUACGUGUGCAGUCUGACCCCUGAACUCAUCCAGAAGGCCCGUGAGGAGCUUCAGGAGAAGCCAGAAUGGAGACUACGUGACGUACAGGCUCUCCGGGACAUGAUAUGGAAGGACUAUCCAAACCUCAGGACCAGAGUGGACGAUGCCUUCCUCCUCCGCUUCCUCAGAGCCCGCAAGUUUGACUAUGACCGGGCCUUGCAGCUCCUGGUUAACUAUUAUAGCUGCCGGAAAGGGUGGCCUGAGCUUUUUACAGACCUGAGACCAUCUGCGGUAAGGCCGGUGCUGGACUCUGGCUUCCUAACAGUCCUGCCUCAUAGCGACACGGAUGGGAGGCGUGUUGUCUGCAUUCGCCCGGGCCGAUGGAACCCCCGGGACUAUCCAAUCACAGAAAACGUACGUGCCAUGUACCUGUCCCUGGAGAAGCUGAUCGAGUCGGAGGAGACACAAGUCAAUGGAAUUGUCAUCCUGGCCGAUUACGAAGGGGUGGGCUUGUCUCAGGCUUCCCAUUUUGGACCCUUUAUAGCCAAAAAAGUGAUUGGGAUUCUGCAGGAUGGGUUUCCGAUCAGAAUAAAAGCCGUCAAUGUCAUCAAUGAACCGAGAAUAUUCAAAGGGAUUUUUGCGAUAUUGAGGCCAUUUUUGAAAGAGAAGAUCGUGAAGCGGUUCUUCCUGCACGGGUCAGACUUGAACUCUCUGCACAGCAACGUGCCAAAGGCCAUCUUGCCCGAUGAAUAUGGAGGGACUGCGGGCAAACUGGAUACCUCUGCCUGGAGUCAGAUCCUCCUGGCGUCUGAAAAUGACUUUGCACAAGGCUUCUACCAGGCCGACCUUACCCGCGAGGGCUCCCUGCAAGGGCUUGUCAUGAACGACUCGGAGUCUGACUACCUGCAGUGUGAGGAGUCCGCUCGUGGGGUGAAAUCUCAGCUCUAUUGUUACUGA